AUGUACAGGACUGAUAAAAAUCAGGAAGCUGAUGCAAUUGACCAGGACACACAAAACUAUUACGUCUACGUCUACUCGGGACUCAUUGGGGCCCUGUUUGUGACGGCACUAAUGCGGUCGACCACGUGGUUCAUGAUGUGUAUGCGGGCGUCCGUUAAUCUACACAACAGUAUAUUCACGCGUCUAUUACGGGCACCGAUAGCCGUGUUUGACAACAACCCCGUCGGCCGAAUGCUAAACAGAUUUACCAAGGACAUGGGAAUUGUCGAUGAACAACUUCCCUCCACUGGUUUCGACUUAAAUCUCACAUUAACGCAAGCGAUUGGUAUUAUAAUAACGGUGGCUAUAGUUAACGUUUACCUAAUUAUCCCGGCUAUUUUCUUAAUCAUUCUUACGGUGAUUGUGAGGGGCAUAUACAUCAAAUCGGCCAGGGAUAUUAAACGUUUCGAGGGACUAACGAGAAGUCCAGUGUUUACUCACGUGAGCACAACCCUGAAUGGGUUGGCCAGUGUGCGGGCCUAUGGGGCACAGGAGGCCUUUGAGCGCCAGUACUAUGUCUACCAAAAUGACCAUACUGCCACCUGGUUCCUAUUUGUAUGCGCAUCCCGUACCCUGGGUCUCGUAAUGGACUGGCUAUGUGUGGGCUAUAUCGUGGUCAUAGCCGUAGUGAUGAUGAUAUUCCCCGAACUGAUUGGGAACGGCGGUAGUGCCGGACUGGCCCUCUCAUCAGCCCUAAUGCUGACGGGUAUGACUCAGUGGGGGGUCAGACAGUCGGCUGAGUUGGAGAGUCAGAUGACUUCAGUCGAGAGAAUCAUAGAGUACUCGAAACUACCAGAAGAGGCGCCGUUACACUCGGAUGACAGACACCGACCCCCACCUGACUGGCCCUCGAAGGGUCAGAUAGAGCUGAGGAAUAUGUCUCUCGUAUACGAGGGCUCAACCAAACCGGUGCUGAAGAACUUGUGCUGUACUGUCAAGAGUGGCGAGAAGAUAGGUAUAGUCGGACGUACCGGUGCCGGCAAGUCGUCCAUCAUAUCAGCCCUGUUCCGGAUGUCAUGCAAACCUAUCGAUUUGGUGUCCACGCCGUCCACCACUACCUCACCCCUGGGCUCCACCAUCCGGAACAGGGCUGAUAUGAUGGAAGACUUGCCGGCACCGGUACGUCCGACUAUACCUAUCUUCUCGCCACUCUUGACAGUACAGCACAAGUUCUUCAGCACCGGUUUGGUUGAGCCCUCGUAUACGAGAGACAUAUUCCUCAGCUCUAUCUGA